AUGGCCGCGGUGGGUCUGGAACAUCCACAAGGAACCGACGUGGACCCUUCCCAGCGGAGAGGAAGGAAGCAGGGAGGGGGCCGGAGAGGAGCGGUGCGCCAUUCCAGGAAGAAGGUGCAGAUUGUGCUCUGCCUGCUUCUGGUCGAGCUGUGUGAGCGCUUCACUCACUUUGGGAUUGUCUGCAACAUGGUUCUGUUCUGCACCCUGAAGCUGGGCUGCAGGAACCACCAGGCUGCCAUGGUCAACCUGUGCUUCGUUGGAGCUAACACCUUGACUCCCGUCCUGAUGGGCUGGCUGGUCGACUCUUGCACGAAGAGAACUGCACUGGUUUACAUCUGCGCACUCCUCCACUUCACAGGUACAGUCACGUUGCCACUGGUCGCUUUCCCCUUUGAGGAUUUCUAUGUUGACACGCAGCGUAACACGCACAGCCCGGCUGCAAGGGAGCAGGUCGUGCUGUUUUACGUUGCCCUUGUGGCUGCCUCUGUGGGUUCAGGAGGAAUCCGGGCCAUUGUUUGCCCAUUCCAGGCUUACCAGCUCCAGGGGUUCAACCUACACCAACUGCGAAGCUUCUUCAACUGGUUUCACUGGUUUUCCAGCUUGAAUUCGGUGUUUGUUUUUGUGAGCAUUGCCUACAUUCAGCAGUCGAUAGCCAAAAACCUGGGCUACCUCAUCCCAUUCACAUCUGUGCUCAUGACUCUCAUCACCAUUCACAUGGUGCAGAACCGACUCAUCUUUCGACCCAAGGCAGGAGGCUCUCUAAUGGCCACGGCUGGUGUUGUGGUGACUGCGCUGAAGAUGUGUUGCACAAAGUACCGUCACGUCAGUGGGGAGGUGCGAGACUGGUUGGACCGAGCCAAGGAGAACUACGGUGGCUGGUACAGCGAGGCCCACGUGAACAACGUCAAGUGCCUGGUGCGUCUCAUCCCACUCUUCGCCUGUCACAUACUCUACAGGUUCUGCAUACUACAGAUCCCAUCGGCUUACUUCAUACAAACAAUGCACUCCAACCUGAACUACAGAGGGUUUCUCCUCCCAGUAGCAGCCCUGAAUGUAGUGGGCCUCAUCCCUGUGUUGCUGAUCGCUCCCUUCCUCGAGUGCCUUGGAUCCUACCUCCUGAGUCUUCACAGAGACCCAAUAUCACCACUCACGCAGAUCGUUCUUGGACACCUGUGUGCAACGUUGUCCCUGGUGGUGGCAGGGAUAUCGGAAGUACACAGGAGGAAUUUCCUCCUGGUGGAGCAGGUGCUAUCCGGGAAGGUGCUCCUUGUAUCUUCCAUGCCCUGCUUCCAGCUCACUCCUCAGUACCUUCUCCUUGGAGUCGCCGAGGCACUGGUCACGCCAGCCUAUACACUGAUCACAUUUAGACUCUCUCCAAAGAGCAUUCAAGGAAUUGCAAUGCAUUUCAUGGCUCUCUUCAAUUGUGUGGGCUGCUUUGUAGGAGCGAUUAUAAUUCAAAGCAUCUAUCAAGUAUUUGGAGGCCAAUGGUUUCCAGAUGAUCUGAACAAUGGGAAUUUGGACCGAUUCUUUUUCAUUGUCGCAGCAUUCAUGCUCCUAAACCUCCUGGCCUUUUGGCGAAUCUCACACAGGUACAGGGACCUUCGUCAAGAAGAGGACUGGUGCGUGAAAGGAAGUCUCCUGGACAAACUAAUAGAACAUGAAAAGUCUCUGAAAUUCUAUGACAGCAUUCUGGAAAGUUCCACCACCUUCUGUCCUGUGGAAGUGGUUCUUUGAAACAAGCCCUUUGGAUACAGGGUUUUACAGGGCCACAAGCCGAAUGGAGGCAAAUGGGACUAGCCCAGUAUGGCAACUUGGUCGAUAUGGACAUGGUGGGCUGAAGGGCCUGUUUCCAAAGUAGAUAGUACCAAUGUUUAUAUUUGAAAUGAUCUGCAAUUUAUCAUAAAGUUAGUCAUACAGCACAGAAACGGGCUCUUCGGCCCACUGAGUCCACGCCGACCAGUGGUCGACCAGU